GAAUUCCUCUCCGCCAAAAUUUUCUGGACGACCAAGGUGCUCGACUCUGGCGACGUUGGACGGCGACCCCGGCUACAACACGAGCGGCAUUCAGCGGAGACGGCAGCAUGGCAGCAGGCGGUGCCAAAAGAGGGACUGGCCAGCGCGCAAAGCCGGUACCCAAGAGAUCAGACUUGAAGUCCCUGAAGAGAAAGCGGGAGCAAGAAGAUCUUGGGAAGCUCAGAGAGGCUGUCAAUCAGUUGGACCCAAAGUCGCCCGACAUCAAGAAAUUCAGCGACCUGCCUCUCUGCGAAGCCACCGCCUCCGGCUUGCGCGCCUCCCACUUCGAAGUCCUCACCGAUGUUCAACGAGCGGCGAUUCCCUUGGCCCUCAAGGGCAACGAUGUGCUCGGGGCCGCCAAAACCGGCAGUGGCAAGACGCUCGCCUUCCUCGUCCCCGUCCUCGAGAAGCUCUACCAGGCCCAAUGGACCGAAUACGACGGGCUCGGCGCGCUCAUCAUCAGUCCCACCCGCGAACUGGCCGUUCAGAUCUUCGAGGUGCUGCGGAAGAUUGGGCGAAAUCAUUACUUCUCGGCUGGCUUAGUCAUUGGAGGCAAGAGCCUGAAAGAGGAGGCUGAAAGGUUAGGGCGCAUGAACAUCCUGGUGUGCACUCCAGGCCGGAUGCUGCAACAUUUGGAUCAAACAGCCGGUUUCGACGUGAACAAUCUGCAGAUUCUUGUUCUUGAUGAGGCGGACCGCAUCAUGGACAUGGGUUUCCAGUCGGCCGUCGAUGCCCUGGUCGAGCAUCUCCCCAAGACCAGGCAGACUCUCCUAUUUUCCGCCACACAGAGCAAGAGAGUGUCGGACCUCGCGCGAUUGAGUUUGAAGGAUCCUGAAUACGUGUCCGUGCAUGAAGCUGCGCCGACUGCCACUCCCUCGACACUACAGCAAUCCUAUAUCGUCACACCUUUGACCGAGAAACUCGACACGCUUUGGGGCUUUCUGCGCACCAAUCUGAAGAGCAAGAUCAUUGUGUUCCUUUCGUCAGGCAAGCAGGUCCGGUUUGUGUACGAGAGCUUCAAGCGUAUGCAGCCCGGUAUUCCGCUCCUCCACCUUCAUGGACGGCAGAAGCAAGUGGCGCGGAUGGAGAUUACGUCCCGGUUCGCCUCUGCAAAGUACUCCUGCCUGUUCGCCACCGACGUCGUCGCAAGAGGUGUAGACUUUCCCGCUGUCGACUGGGUUAUCCAGGUCGACUGCCCGGAAGACGCCGAUACCUACAUCCACCGGGUCGGAAGGACAGCUCGGUAUGAGAGCAAAGGCCGGGCGGUCUUGUUUCUGGAGCCAAGCGAGGUGGACGGCUUCCUGAAACGGCUGGAGCACAAAAAGGUGCCGAUACAAAAAGUGAACGUCCGUGAGAAGAAAAAGAAGAGCAUCAAAAAUGAACUGCAAAGCCUGUGUUUCCAGUCUGCCGACCUGAAAUACCUCGGCCAAAAGGCCUUCAUCUCCUACACCCGCUCCAUCUACCUACAAAAAGACAAAGAAGUCUUUAAAUUCGAUGAACUAGACCUCGAUGGCUUCGCCGAAUCCCUCGGCCUCCCGGGGACACCCCAGAUCAAGUUCCAAAAAGGCGAAGACGUCAAACGGCUCAAGAACGCCUCCCGAGCCGCCAUGUCUAGCGACUCCGACACGGAUUCCGAUGGCGAAGGUGGGAAACGCAAAAAGGACCAAGUCCGAACCAAGUACCAAAAGAUGGCCGAGCGUCAGAACCAAGACGUCCUCUCCUCCCACUACCGCAAGCUUCUCGGCGAAGACCAAGCCCAGUCCGACGACGACGAAGCUGGCUUCCUCUCCGUAAAACGCGUCCUGGACGGCGACGACCAGCUCGACGCAGCCGCCGGAGGGGGCACCGCCAAUGGCAACAACAACACCAACUCCACCUCCUCCGACCCCAACCAACAACAACAACAACAACCAAAGGUCGUCAAACUCGGCAAGUCAGAGCUGGUAAUCGACUCGCAUCGCCGCGAGAAACUGCUCAAGUCCAAAAAGAAACUGUCCAAGUACAUGGAAAAGGGCAGCAAGCUCGUCUUUGACGACGAGGGCAACGCCCACCCCAUUUACGAAUUACAAGGCGAAGACGACUUCAAGCGCGAGGGCCCCGCCGAGCAGCUGCGGCGUGAAUUUGUUGAGUCCGAGACGGUCAAGGUCCGCGAGGCCGACGUCGAGGACAAGCAGUUAGCCAAGCAACGGCGCAAGGAGAAGCGCGAGCGGCAAAAGGCCAGGGAGCGCGAGGAGAGGUUGGCGCUGGGUCAGGCUGCUGCUGGUGCUGGUGCGGGUGCGCAGCUGGAGGUUGCUAGUGGUGAUGAGGCUGCUGCGGAGGAUCCCCUUGCGCUGCUCAGGUCGUUGCCUAUUGCCGGGCAGUAUCAGUAUCAGAACGAUGAAAGUGGUGGGGAGGAGGGAGGAGGGGAGGAGGAGGAGGAGGAGGAGAGGGAGCCGCCUAGGAAGAAGGUGAAGAAGUGGUUUCAGAGUGAUUCUGAGGAGGAGGAAGGGGGGAGAGAGAAGAGUAAGAAGACGAAGAAGAAGAAGAAGGAUGGUGGGAGGAAGGUUAUUGAAAUGGAUCAUGAGCCGGAUAAUUUGGAGGAUUUGGAGAAGCUGGCUGCUGGGUUGCUUGAGGAUUGAGUCUGAGCUGUACCCGACUACGUCGGUUAUCAUUAGAGGAGAU